AUGGCGUCCCAAUUCUCAACCAACGGCGCAAGUUCAACCGCCGCCGCCAAUUCCACAUUCCACUCCAUGAACGACAUACCCAAAUCAUGGACUUUCACAUCCAAACUCCCACCCGACUCCAUCUUCCCCACUCCCGCCGCCUCGCACAAAACACCCCGCGACCAAAUCGCCCCGCGGCAAGUCCGAGACGCCCUAUUCACAUGGGUACGUCCACAGACCUUCGAAAACCCAAAACUCCUCGCCGUAAGCCCCAUCGCAAUGCGCGAUCUCGGGAUCCAAUCAAGCGACGAAAAAACCGAAGAUUUCGUGAACACAGUAGCAGGAAACAAGCUCCAAGGCUGGGAUGAAGAUAAACUGGAAGGAGGGUAUCCCUGGGCGCAGUGUUAUGGCGGUUUUCAGUUCGGUCAAUGGGCUGGUCAACUUGGCGACGGACGCGCGAUAUCGUUGUUUGAGACUACGAAUCCGAGGGGGACUAGGUAUGAAUUGCAGUUGAAGGGCGCGGGGUUGACGCCGUAUAGCCGUUUUGCGGAUGGGAAGGCCGUGCUUAGGAGUAGUAUUAGGGAGUUUGUUGUUAGUGAGGCGUUGAAUGCGCUUGGUAUACCGACGACUAGGGCUCUAAGCUUGACGCUAUUGCCGGGGGUUAAAGUUAGACGGGAGACGCUUGAGCCUGGUGCUAUUGUGGCGAGGUUUGCGCAGAGUUGGUUGCGGAUUGGUAAUUUUGAUAUUUUGAGGGCGCGGGGUGAUAGGGAUCUUAUUCGGAAACUUGCGAUGUACGUCGCGGAGGAUGUGUUCGGUGGUUGGGAUACAUUACCUGGACGCCUGGAUGAUCCCGACAAACCGGAGGAAUCGGCGUUGCCAAAACGCAAUAUUCCUGUCAACACAAUUGAAGGGCCAGCCGAGUCGGCGGAGAAUAGAUUUACACGCCUGUAUCGAGAAAUUGUGCGACGCAAUGCACUUACGGUCGCAAAAUGGCAGGCUUACGGUUUUAUGAACGGAGUAUUAAACACGGACAACACAUCACUCUUUGGAUUAAGUAUUGACUUUGGUCCGUUUGCAUUUAUGGACAACUUCGAUCCGAGUUAUACGCCUAAUCACGAUGAUUACAUGUUGCGAUACAGUUACCGCAACCAACCCAGCAUCAUAUGGUGGAACCUAGUACGCUUAGGCGAAUCCUUAGGGGAAUUGAUUGGCGCUGGGUCCCAAGUAGAUGACGCGACAUUUGUUGAAGACGGCGUUAAGGAAGAGGAAGCCAACGGCAUAAUUGAAAGAGCCGAAAAGAUCAUCAUGCAGAUUGGUGAGGAGUACAAAGCUGUAUUCCUCGGGGAGUACAAGAAAUUAAUGACCGCCCGCUUGGGAUUGAAGAAUUACAAGGACGGAGAUUUUGAAGAGCUAUUCAGCAGCAUCCUAGACACUAUGGAAGCAUUGGAAUUAGAUUUCCACUUGUUCUUCCGACGACUAAGCUCAGUCAGAAUUAGUGAGCUAGAAACCGAAAAAGAAAGGCAAGAUAGAGCGAGCGUAUUUUUCUACAGCGACGGUGUCACAGACAUCGGUGGAGAAGCUGGGGGUCGGAAACGCGUAGGCGAGUGGCUGGACAAGUGGCGUCAGCGCAUACUAGAAGAUUGGGGAGACGGAGAGACUAUCUCGGAGGAACAAGACGGAGAGCGGAUGCAGGCUAUGAAAAAGGUCAAUCCGAGCUUUGUUCCCCGAGGCUGGAUCCUCGAUGAGAUUAUUAAGCGAGUUGAGAAGGAUGACGAAAGAGACGUACUCGACAGGGUCCUGCAUCUAGCCCUGCAUCCGUUUGAAGAGAAUUGGGCCGGUCGCACAUUCGACGGCAAGGAAUAUGAAGGUGACAAAGACGAAGAGACAAGAUGGACGAGCGAUGUACCGAAGAUCGGUCGGGCUAUGCAGUGUAGCUGUAGCUCAUAA